AUGGGCCGCUCAGAUAGUUCUAUUAAAGCAAAAUCACUUAAAAGUAAAGGUCCAGAAGAUACCGUCAAAUCUAAUUUACAUGAAAUCGCUAAUAAAUUUCUCAUUAACCCACCACAGUUUGAUGAUGAUCACGCGCCAUCUAAAGAAAGUUCUAAAACUUUAGAUUCACAAGGCUCUAGAGAAAGGAAACGAAGCAAAAGUACGGUUGCAAAAAGUACCGCCGAUAUUAAUAAAGAGACUUUGGUGAUAACUCCGGUGGCGCUAUCUACACCUACUUCGACUAAGCGGAAACAUGAAAGAAUUAUAAGAAAAAAUUCAAAAAAGUCUAAGUUUUCUUUAGAUUCUGAUUCGAGAUCCACAGGAACGUCUGAUAUUUAUCACGAUUUGAACCCCUCCCACCAGAUGGAAACUGGGAAUCCAUCGUGUGCUAACCGCUCUAUGGAGAACCAAAGUUCAGAAUGUCAGUAUGAUUUAUCCAGUGAAUCAAAUUUUGGUCCAGAGGCACAAGACUCUGAGGCUCUUCCUGCUUUAAGAGUGGAAAAGUAUUUUCCUAUCAAAAACUCGACUUUAUCUAAGAGAGCUACAAAAGAAGAAAUUGAUUAUUUCUUUGAUAUUUCUGACGAGAGAGAACCAAUUUUAAAGAACUAUGCUACAUGUAGUAUUGAAGAAUGGGCUUUAGAGGGCCAAAGAAUUUCCAGAAAACAAAUAUAUUUGACUGAGAGGGCUCUUUACGCCAAAAACAAGUUCUCUCAAAAAUUUGAUGCGAUUGCCGAUACUAUCAAUAAAUACGCGAAUUAUUUGGAACAGCAUGAUGAUAUUCUUAAAGAAAAAUCAGAGAAAAUCGCAUCUUUUGGUGAUAAGCUUAAUUCUAUUAUUUAA